AUGAGUUCAGCAAGCAAAGCUUGGACUGUGGCAGCAAGUGUUGGAGUUGUGGAGGCCUUGAAGGACCAGGGCUUGUGCAGGUGGAAUCAUGCUUUAAGAUCAGCUCAACAUCAUGUCAAAAACCAUGUGAGAUCUUUUUCUCAAACAAAGAAGCUUUCUUCAUCCUCUUCUGCUAUGGUUUCCAACACAAUAAGGGAAGAGGAGGCAAAGCACUCAGAGGAAUCCUUGAGGAAAGUCAUGUACUUGAGUUGUUGGGGUCCCAACUAG